CCAUCCCUUCACCUUUCUGAGGAACCUGUCUGGUACUCCUUCCUCAUUUUCAAGACAGUUUAUCCCAGGGAGCUGCUGGACUUUUCUUCAGUUUGUUGAUUUCGAAGAAGCUGAGAGAUACAGAUGGCUCACAACCCAGAGGAUGCUCCCCUGGCCAGAGGGAGUCUGGCAGGCAGUGAGGAGGACCUUGUUGUCCCUGCAGGACCCAGAGGGGGCUCCAACAGCCGCGCUUUAAAGGUGGCAGCCCUGACAACCCUUGCAUGCCUGCUUCUGUCCAGCCAGGUCUUCACUGCCUACAUGGUGUUCAGCCAGAAGCAGCAGAUCCACACCCUCCAGAAGAACUCAGAGAGACUGGGCAAACAGAUGACCCGCUCAUCCCAGGCUGUGGCUCCAGUGAGGAUGCAGAUGCCCAUGAGCAGCCUGCCUCUAAUGAUGGACUUCACCACUGAUGAGGACACCAAGACAAGCAAGACACCCUUGACAAAACUGCAGGACACUGCUAUUGUCAGCGUGGAGAAACAGCUCAAGGAUCUCCUGCAGGAUGCCCAACUGCCGCAGUUCAACGAGACCUUCCAGGCCAACCUGCAGAGCCUGAAGCAGCAGAUCAAUGAGAGCGAGUGGAAGAGCUUUGAGUCCUGGAUGCGUUACUGGCUGAUCUUCCAGAUGGCCCAGCAGAAGCCCGUACCCCCCACAUCUCAGCCAGCCACUAAGAUCAUGACCAAAUGCCAGUUGGAGGCAGCACCUGGAGCCGGCAAAAUUGGCUCCUACAAGCCCCAGUGUGACGAGCAGGGCCGCUACCUGCCCAUGCAGUGCUGGUACCCCACCGGCUUCUGCUGGUGCGUGGACCAGACCGGCAAAGUCAUCGAGGGCACCAGCAUGCGCGGCCGUCCUGACUGUCAGCGUGGAGUUCCUCGUCGCAUGAUGUUCGCACCCAGGCUGAUGCAGAAGACGCUCGCUGUUGAUGAUGAGUGAAUCAAAAGACGCAACUUCCGGAGUCUGAAGCAAGGUGUUUCUUUUCAGCAAGUAAUCUUAGCAAAUAAGAGAAAUCGGUUAUUUUAAGCUGGAUUUGGCCCUACGUACAUUAAUGGUUUUAAUGCCUGAUCAGUUUUUCUUCCCUGCAAUCUCCUGAUUUUACCUAUUUUGCUGGCUGCUUGAAAUCAAACCAAUAGAGGCCUGUUACAGUGUAUUGCUUUUAAUGUAAUUCUUAUCUUUUAUAAGAAACUUAUUUUGGGGUGUUCUCAUUGACAUUAAACCACAAUUUGUGUAAUCUACAUUAAUGUAUUUGAAUAUGUUUCUGCAGAAUGUUUAAAGGGUCUGUUCACUCAAAUUACAAAAAAAAACAUGUUCUCCAUCACCUCUACUAGCAUCUAGACAUGGAGGUAGUUCUGCUUCUGCUUUUUAGCAGGCUUUAACAUAUAAUCUCUGAGAUGUCUACCUCCAGCCCCAACACAACGGAGGUGAAUGGAAGUUUGUUUAUGGCAGGUACAGCACUGAAAAAUGAUUUUAAAGAAUGUAAGCAGCAAUGUCUCUCUCAAGAAACCAUGUCCUCUGUUUCUCUGGUAAUCCACAGACCACACAGGGGACAGUUUUCAUUGGCACCACUUCCAAUAAAAGUAGUUCCAAUAAAAACUGUUCACAGUGCGUUCUGUGGAUUAUUCAGGGUCACGAGGACACUAUUUCUUGAAAGUGACGAUGCUGUUUCAUUUUUAUGGUGUUUUUCAAUGCUGUUAGCACCACAAACAAAAACCAAGCUAAAUAAAACCAAAACUGUCUGCGUGGCUAGAUACCAUGAGAGUUGAGUGAAUUUAGUUUUUUGUGUAAUUUGGGUGAACUGACCUUUUAAGGGAUGUGCAAAUGUGAGAAAGUGACUUUUCUUUGAGGGUAUUUGUGUUAAGAAGGCUAAAUAAAGUUUUCAUAACAACACUGUUUGCAUUGUUAUACACAUAUGUUCAACUUCAGUCAUGUUGUCCUUUAGAUCAAAUGAUUGUUAGACUAACAAGGCCUGAAUAAAAUUUAACCUGAUUAGAUGCAGUGA